AUGGCUUCUGCUGGUGGAGCCCCUCCCCCUGCAGCUGGAAGGCUUAGUGGCAGUGCAAUGUCUGUUGAUAAGCUUCCGGAGGAAAUUAAUGAAAUGAAAAUUAGAGAUGACAAGGUUGAGUAUUUUACUUUUACGAGUUAUUCAGCUGUGCUGUCCUUGAAGCUUUACUUACUUUUCCUCUCUGAUGGAUAGGAAAUAGAAGCUGCAGUUGUCGAUGGAAAUGGAACUGAGACAGGCCAUAUUAUCGUGACAACGAUUGGUGGGAGAAAUGGCCAACCCAAACAGGUACAAGUGGUGAAAUCAAAGCUUUGGUAGACAUAUGCCGUAAAUCGAUUCCUUUGUCUUGACUGCUGAUACUGUGGAAAUCAUAUGCAUAUAUGAUAUUUUCUCUGUACAUAAAUGUACUUGUUAGGGAGAAUGUUACUUUUGUCUGCAGGGGACUGCUGGUCUCUCUCGAUCCCUGUGGUUGUUGUUAUAAAAAGCUACUCCGUUUUUAUGAGCAAUCUUUGUUGCUCAUGAAAACGGAGUAGCUGUUUAUAACAGACUGUCAUCCAUAGAGCCAAACAGAGCAUGACAGCAAGGGACAACCCACCCAUACAGACUGCCACGUUCUGUAUCUUUGUGUCUGAUUCAUCACUAGAGCUUUUGAAUUAAUGAAGGUAGUUUCAACUAAAGUUGCUUUGGUGACCUGAAUACCAGAGAUUACUGGACAUAUUCUUCUUUUGAAGUCUAAAAAAGGGUUCUCUUUCCCAUAAUAAUAUGGUAAAGAACGCCUUCGUCACAUUUGCAUUAGAAGCAUCAGCUCUGGGUCUUUUGGUGAAUCCCGCUCUGGGUCAUAUUGUGAGGGCAUACAUCACUGUCUUAACUGAGGACUUCACUUAGCAUGCAGACAGAGAAGAAGUCUUGCCAAGUAGUUGGAUAUUUUAUUUAAUGAAAGUGAACAAUUUGAGUUGAUUGAUUUUACCUAAUGGGGUUCGUGGUAGAAGCAUUUGGAAGUAGACUAUCAUCAAUGGGGCACUCUUCAAUUGAUAAUUGGGUUUUGGACCACCUAAAAUGGAAUUUUUUGGUAGAUGGAAGGUAAUUAAGGAAAAGUGGUUUUAGCAUUCGGGGAACCUUGGCCACCAGAAACACAUGGUUCUGGCUGAUGCUUAUAGCUUUAGGUCAUGUGUCAACUGUAUUCAAAUCAAUUGAAUUUUUGUAAAAUUUGAACCGUUUGAUGUGGUGCUGUGAUUUUGAUACUUUGCUUGCUUGCUCUAGAGUUAUUUAACAUUUUCUCUGUGCAGACGAUAAGCUACAUGGCUGAAAGAGUGGUGGGCCGUGGAUCAUUUGGAAUCGUAUUUCAGGUGAUUUGUCUUUUAUUCAUUAGUGGUCAUCAAGAUUUGUAAUUUAAAUUUUUAUUUGCUUGGAGUUUGAAUAUGCUUGGUUCAUUUUCAGGCUAAAUGCCUUGAAACAGGAGAAGCUGUUGCGAUUAAGAAGGUGCUGCAGGACAAACGAUACAAAAACCGCGAAUUGCAAACUAUGAGGCUCCUUGAUCACCCAAAUGUUGUUUCCCUCAAGCAUUGUUUCUUUUCGACGACCGAGAAGGAUGAGCUAUACCUAAAUUUGGUGCUUGAGUAUGUACCUGAGACAGUGUAUCGUGUUGCUAAGCACUAUAGUCGGGCAAAUCAGAGAAUGCCAAUGAUAUAUGUCAAGCUAUAUACCUAUCAGGUACUUGAUUUUUUUUCAAAUGAUAAUAGCUCUUUUAUGCUGGAUAUAAGUACGCAAGCUUCAUGUAUUCUUCUCCAUUUUGGAUUCAAUGUUUUCAACAGUUCUUCGCCCCUCGAAUUUUUUUUGGUUAAUUAGUUUCAUUCAGUAAAAUGUUGUUUGUCUAAGCACGGAUGGUUUCACUCUUGUUAACUUAAAUCUGUAAUUGCAGAUAUUUAGAGCAUUAGCCUACAUCCAUGGAGGUGUUGGAGUUUGUCAUAGGGACAUUAAACCACAAAAUCUGCUGGUGAGUUUGAAAUCUUCCUUACUGACAUCAACACCCCCAACCCCACCCACACACACUCGCUCACGGUCUUUUUACCAAGAUAGUUGCCUACUUUCUAAAAUUGUUUUUCUGUAAUAGGUAAAUCCUCAUAGUCAUCAACUCAAGCUAUGUGACUUCGGAAGUGCAAAAGUUUUGGUGGGUUGUUGCUCUAACUAUCAUUUUUUUUUUUCUUGCUGUUUCGUUUUAACUUUGAGCAGAUAAUAUUUCUGGUGCUUCUAUUUAAGCACAAAUGCAGGCUGUACGAAAUAGUGUAAAUAUAUCUAGCAGAUUUGACGGCCAUUUCUGAUGUAUUUAAUGACUAUCAAAAGAUAAUUAGAUCUUUCCUGCUUCAUCUUUUUUUUUGACGUUUUUGUUCCUGUUCUCGCAGUUAUAUUGCCAUAUACUUCUUGAACUUUGAUGCUUGAUAAAUUAUUGAGAGCGUUGUCAUAUCCAUUUCUCACUUGAACUGUUCUGGUAGUAGGAAGAACUGCAUCAGUGCUGAUCGUGAUAACUACUGUUUAUCUAUCCAUCAUACAUGCGUUUAUCUACCCAUCAUAGAUGCUUGUUCCAAAGAAAUAUUAUAUAUGACACUGUUCUCCUUGCAUAAAAAAAUUAUUGGAUUUAAUCUGAGUUGGGACUAAUUGAAAUCUUUUAUAUCAGGAAGGUCCUUCAAAAUGAACAAUAGCAAUUGAUAUGUCAGUAUCCCACCGAAGCUACAAAAUUUCUCGGUUUUCCACGUGGAGCUGCAGUAACCCCAUUCGGUGUUGCUAUCCAAUUAAUUUUAGUUUUCUUUGCUGUAUGGAAAGGAACUUGGUUUACAUCAAUUGUAUCAUUGGAUUAUCUGACCAUAUAUCUGAUCCUAGUCAAGGGAUCUCCAUUGUCUCCUGAUUGCUGAGAUAGUUACUUACAAGACCAUCCAUACUUUGAUCAGACAAAUAUCUCAGACUGUUAAUAUCCAUUGUUGUUGCUAACCAGUGUUUUAGUGACGCUUCUUUGUCAUCUUGGAACCCAGAACUACGACCGUUAUCUCCCAUCUUUUUCUCCAAGAAACGAAAAGAAAAGAAAAUAAUGAACCUGAACCCUCCUUUCCACCCUUUCGGAUUCUGCUUGUGCCAAGGAUGACCAACCCUAAAAACCUAAACAGUCCGUAAGCCAAUGGCUAACUUGACUCCCAUACCCAGACUCACAAUCUCAACCCUCUCUGUUCCUCUUCUCUUAAUUAAGCGUUUAACCCGCGAUUAGUGAGUUUUUUUUCUCAGCAUAGUCAGACCUCAGGAUAGUUGAUGUCGACACAACUGUUUAACGGCUCAUACCUGUCUACCUUUUUGCCAGGUUAGUAAUGUAGCAGAUUCGGCACAACUGUUCCAUCGUGAUCAUAUCCCACAGUCUGUACAAAUUAUAGGCUUGUUUCAUGAUAGACACCAGUUCUAAUCUGGGUACAAAUCUUUCCUUUUGGUCAUGAUUCCAGCAUCUAAAAGAAGAAAGCCGUAACAAAGUUUAGAGUUGGUGGUGACAUCAUAAAAGAGCAGAUUAUCGUGUGCAUUAUUUGAUAUAUCGCACAUAAUGGUGAUUUGCAGGGCUGCCCGUGGCAUAUGGAAGCCAGCCUUCUAGUUUAGUUGUAGCCACUUUUUCACUUCAACCUUAUCAAUAAGCUAAAGAGGAGGGAUUAUGAGGAUCUUCAUAGGCUCUUCUUGAAAAGUUGGAGAAAUCCUCCUUGACAAUUCCAUUUACUGUAUGGUAGCUUUCAAAUUUUGAUGAGGUUGCCCGUAAAGAUCCUCCAAAGGAUAAAUUUUUUAGUAAACUAAUGAUGAAUUGCUAGUUUUUUAUUUUUGAUAUUCGUAUUUUUUUGUUAAUGGGAUAUAAAACGUCUCCAAAUUUGUGUCCUUUGUGUGUGAUUGUUGUUUCUCUGUCAUCAAUAAGAAAUAGUUGGAGCUUGAUGUUUCACUUCUCCCCUAUUAUCUUUACCAUCCCUUUUCUUUUCCAGGUAAAAGGUGAGCCGAACAUAUCAUAUAUUUGCUCACGUUACUAUCGUGCCCCAGAGCUCAUAUUUGGGGCAACCGAGUACACAACAGCAAUUGAUAUAUGGUCGGCGGGUUGUGUUCUUGCUGAAUUACUUCUCGGACAGGUUGAUUGUUAACUACAACUCUUCUAAUCGUCUGUCUUUUUUCGCCCGAACUGAAAUGGCGAAUUUUAAUUGCUUCAAUGCCAGCCUUUGUUCCCCGGAGAAAGCGGAGUGGACCAGCUUGUGGAGAUCAUCAAGGCAAGUCAUUUGGAGCCGCCACUGGUUGACUAGCUUGCAGAAUAAUUCUUUUUUUUUAAUAUAUAUUUUUCAGAUCCUUGGCACGCCCACUCGCGAAGAAAUUAAGUGCAUGAACCCAAAUUACACCGAGUUCAAGUUCCCACAGAUCAAGGCACACCCAUGGCACAAAGUACGCUCUUUAAAUCUUGAAUACUGCCCAAGUUUUUUUGGGUCUGGUUUUAUGGUAGAUAUCCACCAUCCUUUUUCUGUUUUCUCUCUCUCUCUCUAGAUAUUCCACAAACGAAUGCCUCCAGAAGCUGUCGACCUUGUAUCAAGACUUCUCCAGUACUCUCCAAAUCUGCGGUCCACUGCUGUGAGUAGUAAUCAAAUCUCUGCCCUCUUAAUCUGAUGCAAAUAGCUCGUGAUAAUAACUGUGCUUCCUCUUUUCACCCAUCUAAAUUUUUGCUAAAUUUUCGUUAAAAGUUCUUUUAAUAUGCCGCCUGGUGCAGCUGGAGACUUGUGUCCAUCCAUUUUUUGAUGAACUCCGCGAUCCCAAUGCUCGUCUCCCCAAUGGGCGCCCAUUACCUCCACUCUUCAACUUCAAACCUCAAGGUCUCUCUCUCUCUCUCUCUCUAAAGUGCAGGCAACUCAGGGAGACGGGUGAUCUGAUGUUGGGUCUCUUUUUCGUUUUCUUGUUUUCCCAGAGCUGAAGGGGGCAUCGCUAGAGCUCCUAGCUAAGCUGAUACCAGAGCACGCGCGGAAGCAGUGCCCUUUCCUAGGUUUCUAG